GGCUUUCUAGAGAGGACAGGAAGUGGAGGCGUGGGGGGGGGGGAGCAAGGUCCUCCCGAGCAAAAGCCCCUCCCUCGCCAUUCCCGCCUGCAAGCGGAGGGGCUGCUUCCGUCUCCCUCUCUCUCUUGCAAGAGCUGCCUGGGGCGAGGAGACUGGGAGAAUCAGUGCAGUGUGGUCAGCAAAAUGUGAAUUCCAGGCAAGCAGGGCUGUCAUCUCUUCAGCAGGGGAGACUUCCUUUCACUUGUCCGAGGAGAGGAGAGGGGAACUGUUUCUCCUGUGAAUCCGGUUCCCUCAGGGCCAGGGCCUUUGAGGCUCCCUUUGCUUCUUCCUCUCUCCCAGGACACUGCAGCUUGUUUUGGCUCCUUGACUCCUCAGGAAGGAUGAAAGAGAUGGAUCCUGCAAAGCUAGCGAGGAUGGAAGGGGGAAGAUGGACAGUUGACCUGGUCAGGUUGUCUCCUGCAUCCCUCCUCACAGCCUCUGAGCGUUCCUCUCUAGGGCUCUCAGAGAGAUCUGGUGGUGAUGAAUUGGAAAUGAAGAAUGGGGGAGACCAUGACAAAAUCCACACAGUGGAGAAGCCAAAUCAAAAUUGGGAGUAUGGAGAGAGCUCCAGUCAGAGUUCCCGUUCCCAUCAAAGAACUCACAGUGGGAAGAAAGGCUAUCAGUGCUCAGAAUGUGGGAAGAGCUUCAGUCAGAGUGGGGCUCUCACUUCCCACAAAAGAAUUCAUACAGGAGAGAAACCCUAUCAGUGCUUGGAAUGUGGAAAGAGCUUCAGUCAGAGGAGCAGUCUCGCUUCCCAUCAAAGAAUUCAUACAGGGGAGAAACCCUAUCAGUGCUUGGAAUGUGGAAAGAGCUUCAGUCACAGCCACAGUCUCACUUCCCACCAAAGAAUUCAUACAGGGGUGAAACCCUAUCAGUGCUUGGAAUGUGGAAAGAGCUUCAGUCACAGGCAGAAUCUCAGUUCCCAUCAAAGAAUUCAUACAGGGGUGAAACCCCAUCAGUGCUUGGAAUGUGGAAAUAGCUUUAGUCACAGCGGCAGUCUCACUUCCCAUCAAAGAAUUCAUACAGGAGAGAAACCCUAUCAGUGCUUGGAUUGUGGAAAGAGCUUUAGUCAAAGCCACAGUCUCGCUUCCCAUCAAAGAAUUCAUACAGGGGUGAAAUCCUAUCAGUGCUUGGAAUGUGGAAAGAGCUUCAGUCGCAGGCAGAGUCUCACUUCCCAUCAAAUAAUUCAUACAGGGGUGAAACCCUAUCAGUGCUUGGAAUGUGGAAAGAACUUCAGUCACAGCGGCAGUCUCACUUCCCAUCAAAGAAUCCAUACAGGGGAGAAACCGUAUCAGUGCUUGGAAUGUGGAAAGAACUUCAGUCACAGCAGCAGUCUCACUUCCCAUCAAAGAAUUCAUACAGCGGAGAAACCGUAUCAGUGCUUGGAAUGUGGAAAGCGCUUCAAUCACAGCGGCAGUCUCACUUCCCAUCACAGAAUUCAUACAGGGGAGAAACCCCAUCAGUGCUUGGAAUGUGGAAAGAGCUUCAGUAGGAGCACCCAUCUCACUUCCCAUGAAAGAAUUCAUACAGGGGAGAAACCAUAUCAGUGCUUGGAAUGUGGGAAGAGCUUCAGAAAGAGGGUAGGUCUCAACCACCAUCAAAGAACUCAUACAGUGGUACCUUAGGUUAAGAACUUAAUUUGUUCUGGUGGUCCAUUCUUAACCUGAAACUGUUCUUAACCUGAAGCACCACUUUAGCUAACGGGGCCUCACGCUGCUGCCUCGCGAUUUCUGUUCUCAUCCUGAAGCAAAG